AGGGGCGGUGUUAACUUUUAAUACUGGGUGAGUUUGGUUUUGUACCGAUGUGUGUUGAAAUAUAAUACAAAAAGCUAACACUUUAACAUCUAAUAAUUGUGUAUAAUUUAAAAAACAGCUAGAAACAGUGGGUUUGGAUCACCGUUUGACAGCGCAUCGCGAAGGAGCCGAAAUGGACACACGUUUGUACAAAUACCUUGUCGGGAGAUCUGUAAACAUUAGUCGCAGUGAUGGUCGCAUCCAUUUGGCCACGGUUAAGACCACAGAUACAACCAAGUGCACUGUUAUGGUGGAGUGGCAGGAGAAAGGCAACUGCAGGGGAAAAGAAGUUGAAGUUAGUGAAUUGUGCACUCUUAACCCUGAAUUGUUAGAAAUUAAAGUUGAAAACAAGGCUCCAAAUGCACUCUCUGUGGCACAAGAGAAGAAGUAUGAGGGUCGAUUGCGGUCAUCCAGGAUCCCAGCCCCUGCCUUUUCUUGUCUUUCUGCAAAACCCUCUGCUCCUGCAGAGGUCAAAGCUGAAGAGGAAGCUGCCCUUAAGAGUCAAGCCAGACAGACCUGUUUUUUUCAGGCCACAGCCCCUUCUACAACAUUGGCCCCAACUACUGGCUCAUCCGCUAAAUCUGAGGUGUCACCUGCUAGUGGCGUGAUAAAUUCAGGCAGCUGUAACCAACGACGCAAAAAGAAUGAAACUAAGCCAAUGACUUCACUGGCUGAAGCCCCUGAUGCUGCAAAAGAAAAUGAUGAACCUCCCCCGCCUGCCAAAGGUAGAAGAAAAAGUGUAGCUCCCCAAGAACUAAACAAGGCCAAUAAACGUAUGUCUUGUGUUGUUAAGCCACCUGAAAUGCAACUGAAAAGAGGAAAGUUUGGAGAAUCAACUCGACCUAAUCAAAAAUUCUACGACAUGAUCCAAGAAUUCAGAGAAAGUUUGGAAAUAAUACCAAUGUCAACCUCUGAAGUGAUUGAGUCUCACAGGAUUUGUGUCUGUGUUCGCAAAAGGCCUCUGAACAAACAAGAGUGCAAUAAAAAGGAGAUCGAUGUUGUGUCUGUACCGGGAAAAGGAGCUCUUUUGGUCCAUGAGCCAAAACAGAAAGUGGAUCUCACCAAAUAUUUGGACAACCAAGUUUUCCAGUUUGAUUACUCUUUUGAUGAGACUGCUAACAAUGAUCUGGUUUACAAGUUUACAGCUAAACCUUUGGUUAAGUCCAUAUUUGAAGGUGGUAUGGCUACAUGUUUUGCAUAUGGUCAGACUGGAAGUGGGAAGACUCAUACAAUGGGAGGGGACUUCUCUGGCAAGCAGCAAAACAGCGCUAAAGGAAUCUAUGCUUUUGCGUCUCAAGAUGUGUUUGCUUAUCUCAACCACUGGAAGUAUACGAAUCAGGACCUGUCCGUUUACGUGAGCUUCUUUGAGAUCUACAAUGGCAAAGUGUAUGACCUGCUGAACAAAAAGGCAAAGCUUAGAGUAUUGGAAGAUGAACGGCAGCAGGUCCAAGUGGUGGGACUGGAAGAGGUUUACGUAACCUCAGCUGAUGAAGUUAUCAAACUGAUACAGACAGGCAGUGCGUGCAGAACAUCGGGGCAGACAUCAGCCAAUGCCAACUCCUCUCGCUCUCACGCGAUCCUUCAGAUUGUCCUACGGCGUAAUGAUCGACACUCUACACUACAUGGGAAGUUUUCUCUGGUGGAUUUGGCUGGUAACGAGCGCGGUACAGACGUCAGCAGCAACGACCGCAGCACUUUGGUUGAGACGGCCGAGAUCAAUCGCAGUCUCUUGGCUCUUAAGGAGUGCAUCCGUUCACUUGGAAAAAACAGCGACCACAUUCCUUUUCGAAUGAGCACUUUGACAAAGGUCCUCAGGGAUUCCUUCAUUGGAGAGAAGUCCAGGACCUGCAUGAUUGCCAUGGUGUCUCCAAGCAUGGCCUCGUGUGAAUAUACAAUGAACACACUUCGAUAUGCAGACAGGGUAAAAGAACUAAAUGGAAAUUCCAAACGCAAUGGAGUUGCAAAGGCAGAAGAGUCUUCGGAUAGCUCGUCAGAGGAAUCUGCUGUGGAUGCGAGUGUGUACGAUGCCAUAUCUCAAGUAAGAGAACUUGAAGAGAAGAUUUAUGCAGAGUUGCAGAAAGCAAGUGAUCUGGCUGUGGCCAUGGAGCAGACCUCCUAUAAUAUUGAGACAGGACUUCCAGACAUAAUCGAUUAUUCACAGAAGUUGAUGGACACAGCUUUGGCUCUGAAGUCGGCUGUGGAUCAAGAAAGAAUGGCAAGGCUCAACCAUUAACAGUUCUUAAUCACAUUUUGUUCUAUCAUUACUUGUUGUAUAAUUAUAUUAACAUGUUUGGGUUUUUUUUUUGUAAUUAACGUGAAUUUAAUAAAAAUGUUAAAACACU